GAGGAGCGGGCCGGGCCCAGAGAGGGCCGGGCUCUGCCGGUGCGCCCCGGGUCACCCCCUGCCCGCGGCUCGGGGAGCGCGGGGCUCGGGCAGGCCGAGGCCGCGGCCAGCCGGGCCGCAAUCGCCGCGGCGGAUGGCCCUGUGCCCUACGAGGAGGGAGCCGGCUGGGGCGCGCAGCUGCACAGCCCUUCGGCCACCUUCCACUUCGCCAGCCGCACCAUCCGCCUGCAGCAGGACUGGCGGCGGCUGGGGGUGGCGGCCGUGGUCUGGGACGCGGCUGUUGUCCUGUGUGCUUAUCUGGAGAUGGAAGGCAUUGAUCUCAGGGAUCGGUCUGUGAUUGAGCUGGGAGCUGGGACUGGAUUGUUGGGAAUAGUGGCCACAUUAUUAGGUGCUCGUGUUACUAUGACAGACAGGGAGGCAGCACUGGAAUUCCUGGAGUCAAACGUACAGGCUAAUUUACCCUCUGAACUACGUCCGAGAGCUGUGGUGAAGGAGCUGACUUGGGGAAAAGACCUGGAUAACUUCCCUCCAGGAGCAUUUGACUUCGUCCUGGGUGCAGACAUCGUUUAUCUGGAAGAAACUUUUGCAGAGCUGCUUCAGACGCUGGAGCACCUGUGCUCCGAGCAAACUGUGAUUCUUCUUGCCUGUCGUAUCCGCUAUGAACGGGAUCACAAGUUCUUGAAGAUGCUGAGAGACCGUUUCUCCGUAUAUGAGGUCCACUAUGAUUCCAGUAAGGAUGUUCAUAUCUACAAAGCACAGAGGAGUAGUCACAAGGAUGACUUUUGACUCUACGCCUUGUUAAUAAACCACUGCUGCUGUUCAGUUCUCCCCUUUGUUUCUACUCAAUACACUCAUUCCUAAGCAUAAA